GAGCGCGGUGAUGGUGGGAGGCUCUGUAAGCUUGGGCCUAAAUGGGAACUGGGCGAAGGGGAUCCUGUAAGGCGCCGGGUCGGGGUUUGCCUGGUUGGCGGUGAUUGGAUCGGACAACAGAGAAGAGGCGAAGAAGGCCGGUAGCAAGGGAGAGGCUGACUCGCCCGCCGAAACUGCGUGGAAACGAAAGACCGGGGUGGGGGGGAUGUGAUGCUGGGGGAGAGGCCUGGCCUGGUGUGGAUGGGGGCGGCGGUAUCCGGCGGCGGACGAGCUCUUCGGCGGGCCUGACGUCAGCUUCCCAUCAUGGACUGGCAGCCAGAUGAGCAAGGCCUCCAGCAAGUACUUCAGUUACUCAAAGACUCCCAAUCUCCGAACACAGCAACUCAACGUAUUGUACAAGAUAAACUGAAACAGCUCAACCAGUUUCCUGAUUUCAAUAACUACUUGAUAUUUGUCUUGACACGACUGAAAUCUGAGGAUGAGCCAACACGUUCUCUGAGUGGUCUGAUUCUGAAAAACAAUGUGAAGGCUCAUUACCAGAGUUUCCCGCAGCCUGUUGCAGAGUUCAUUAAGCAAGAAUGUCUUAACAACAUAGGAGAUGCAUCUUCUCUUAUCAGAGCUACCAUUGGAAUCCUUAUUACCACCAUUGCAUCUAAGGGAGAGCUGCAGAUGUGGCCAGAACUUCUGCCCCAACUCUGCAACCUGCUCAACUCUGAGGACUACAACACUUGUGAGGGGGCUUUUGGUGCCUUACAGAAGAUCUGCGAAGAUUCCUCUGAGCUCUUGGACAGUGAUGCUCUCAAUCGGCCACUUAAUGUCAUGAUCCCAAAGUUCCUACAGUUUUUCAAGCACUGCAGCCCCAAAAUUAGGUCCCAUGCUAUUGCCUGUGUUAACCAGUUCAUCAUGGACAGGGCCCAAGCACUGAUGGAUAACAUAGACACUUUCAUUGAGCAUCUUUUUGCCCUGGCAGUAGAUGAAGAUCCUGAGGUUCGAAAAAACGUUUGCCGAGCACUGGUGAUGCUGCUUGAGGUGCGGAUUGACCGAUUGAUCCCUCACAUGCAUAGUAUCAUUCAGUACAUGUUGCAGAGGACCCAGGACAGUGAUGAGAAUGUGGCAUUGGAGGCAUGUGAAUUCUGGCUGACCCUGGCUGAGCAGCCCAUCUGCAAGGAGGUGCUCUCUUCACAUCUGGUGCAGUUGAUUCCAAUUUUGGUGAAUGGAAUGAAGUAUUCUGAAAUUGACAUCAUAUUGCUAAAGGGUGAUGUAGAAGAAGAUGAAGCCAUCCCUGACAGUGAACAGGAUAUCAAGCCUCGUUUUCACAAGUCACGCACGGUUACUCUGCAGCAUGAAGAGGAGCGGCUGCAGGAUGAUGAAGAUGGAGAGGACGAGGAUGAUGAUGAUGAUACAUUGUCUGAUUGGAAUCUGAGAAAGUGUUCUGCUGCAGCCCUUGAUGUCUUAGCCAAUGUCUUCAGAGAUGAGCUCCUCCCUCACUUGCUCCCACUGCUCAAGGGGCUGCUCUUCCACCCCGAGUGGGUCAUCAAGGAGUCAGGGAUUCUUGUUCUAGGAGCCAUUGCUGAAGGCUGCAUGCAAGGGAUGGUUCCCUACCUCCCAGAGCUGAUUCCGCACCUGAUCCAAUGCCUCUCUGACAAGAAGGCCCUAGUGCGUUCCAUUGCCUGCUGGACCCUGAGCCGUUAUGCCCACUGGGUUGUGAGCCAGCCCCCAGAUAUGUAUCUCAAGCCUCUGAUGACCGAGCUGCUGAAGCGAAUUCUUGAUAGCAACAAGAGAGUGCAAGAGGCUGCUUGCAGUGCAUUUGCCACCCUUGAGGAGGAGGCGUGCACUGAGCUGGUCCCCUAUCUCAGCUUCAUCCUGGAUACUUUGGUUUUUGCCUUUGGGAAAUACCAGCACAAGAACCUGCUGAUCCUGUAUGAUGCAAUUGGCACUCUGGCUGAUUCUGUUGGCCACCACCUCAACCAGCCGGAGUACAUCCAGAAACUGAUGCCCCCACUGAUCCAGAAGUGGAAUGAGUUGAAGGAUGAGGACAAGGAUCUUUUUCCUCUCUUGGAAUGUUUGUCAUCUGUAGCAACUGCUCUCCAGAGUGGCUUUCUGCCAUACUGUGAACCUGUCUACCAGCGUUGUGUGACUCUGGUGCAGAAGACCCUUGCUCAAGCCAUGAUGUAUAGUCAGCACCCAGACCAAUAUGAGGCUCCUGAUAAAGACUUCAUGAUCGUGGCUCUGGACUUGCUGAGUGGCUUGGCUGAAGGCCUAGGAUGUCACGUGGAGCAGCUUGUGGCACGGAGCAACAUCAUGACUCUGCUCUUCCAGUGCAUGCAGGAUACCAUGCCAGAGGUUCGGCAGAGCUCUUUUGCACUCCUAGGGGAUCUUACCAAAGCCUGUUUCAUGCACGUCAAGCCAUGCAUUGCUGAAUUCAUGCCCAUCUUAGGGACCAACUUGAAUCCAGAAUUCAUUUCUGUGUGCAAUAAUGCCACUUGGGCUAUUGGAGAAAUCUGCAUGCAGAUGGGAGCUGAAAUGCAGCCAUAUGUCCAGAUGGUUCUGAAUAACCUUGUGGAGAUCAUCAACCGCCCAAAUACUCCCAAAACACUUCUGGAGAACACAGCCAUCACGAUUGGACGCUUGGGUUACGUCUGCCCUCAGGAGGUGGCACCGAUGCUGCAGCAGUUUAUCAGACCCUGGUGUACAUCUCUGAGGAACAUACGUGAUAAUGAAGAGAAGGAUUCGGCCUUCCGUGGCAUCUGUAUGAUGAUCGGAGUAAACCCUGGUGGGGUUGUUCAGGAUUUUAUUUUCUUCUGUGAUGCUGUUGCUUCCUGGGUGAACCCAAAGGAUGACCUGAGAGACAUGUUUUAUAAGAUUCUUCAUGGGUUCAAAGAUCAAGUUGGGGAGGACAACUGGCAGCAGUUCUCAGAGCAGUUUCCUCCACUUCUGAAGGAGAGGCUAGCUGCGUUCUAUGGGGUCUAGAUGAAGCAGCAAAACCGUACUCGGUUCCUGUGUGCGCUGGGAGGGAUACUGGGAAUGUCCACAACCCAGUGUUGCAGAUCCCUGUUAAUGGGGGGUUAGGGAGGACGGGAAGAGCAUUGUGGGACAUAAAAUGACUUAGCUCCUCAUCUCCUGAAAUUUACAAAGUUGGGGGGGAGGGUGGGCCUCCGUGACCAAUUUAAACAAAAAACAGAGUAUCUCACUGGCAGAAGGAAAGGUCUCUUUGUUUGGAGACUGUUAUUUGUGGACUGGGGUGGGGUGGGGCUCAGCCCAGGGCUGAGAAAAGGGAGCAAUCUUAAACUGCAACACUUGAGAAGGGGAUCUAACCAGGGGCCAUAAUAAAGGACUAGCUAAUAAUGAUAAAGGAUAGGGUUUAAGAUGCUAAAACGGAAUUAAAAGCUCUAAUGGUUUAAAACCUAGCUGAUGAAGUGGGAAGGGUUAAAACUCAAUCCAAGGGGAUUAUACUACUGUAUAUUUCCAGUCACCAGUGUUCAAGAGAUCAGCUAUUCACCUUUUUAAGACUGCAUGGUGACCAAGAAGUAGACUAGCAAACCUGUGAGUAGCCCAUAAUGACUAAGUGUAAAGCAUUUUCAUCUAGGAAUCUUAAGGAAACCCACAAGCCCUUUUUGCCAUAGCUGCCAUGGCACUGUGUGCUGGAUGGAUUGCUCGGGGCAAAGGCAGCCUCUGGCAUAGUAGGGGACCUGCCGGUCAUCUAGGGAGCAGUACUUGUCAUAAGAAAUACUGUUGGAGAAGCAUGUCUUUAUUUUUUAAGAAGAUGCCACAGUGCAAUGAAUCUGUUACCCUGUUGUUCAGCUGUUACUUUGUGACACUGCUAUUGCAUUACUUCAGCUGUAGGAGGCAAGAGAGAGCAAGGAGGGAAAUUGAAUUUCACCUUUCAGUGUGAAUGACUGACUGACUGACUGACUGUGGCCCAAAGGCCUGCAGUGCAUUUGAUCAGUUUUGUAUGGCACAUGAACUGUUGUGUCCCGCACUCUUGUGGCCAGAGUGGCAUAAGGGUUAGAUACACUUUGUGUCUCGAAAGUUCUGUGCUACAUUUGCCUCUUUGGUUUACAAAAGGGGCAGUAAACGUAAAGACAGCAUAGAGGAACUAAUAAAGCAGAGCCCUCCAUGCAUGGCCAGUGGAAGCUCAUAGCUUUUGCUGCAUGCUUAACAGGGUUGUUGUCUUAAGGAAUUCUCAUUAGAUCCAAAUCAGUUUAGCCCCUGGAAAUAGAAUCCAGAAUUCUGCUGAAUACAUUCGUCUUAGUGAAGCCAUAGCUUUUUAAUGGUAAGUGGGGAGCAUGUGAUGUGGAAGCAAGCCUGUUUCUUCCCCAAAGGCAGCUAGAUGGAGGGGCAGAAGGGGUGGGGAGAGAAGAGGAACUGCUUCACUAAUAAAGGCAACUUCUGGGGAAGGUAGGUAUGUUGGAAGAGAAACAGUCAACUGGAAUGUUCUACGAAGUCAACAUUGAUGGUGCUUGUGCAAGAAAGUGUCAGCAAGCGGUAUGAGGAGGGCGAGCAGUGAGCUGAGCUACAACCCCCAGCAUUCUUCAGAGCAGAGCCCAGUGGAACUUCAGAAGCUUCAGGAUUGAUAGCCAGGCAACUGGGUUGAACUGUGCCCAAUGUCCUGCAUUGCAGUGAUGUGUGGGCAGUACUGAAGAAUUAUGCACUGAAGGUGGGCACACCCCUCUUGGGUUGAGGAGAUGGUGAUGCUUGGAGAACAGUGAAGUGAAGUUUUGAACGUAUUUGUAAGAUGAUUGCUCAGUAACUUAAACUUCACUGACAUCCUUUCCCAUUUUUCUUUCCAUCCCUUGCCUCAGUUUCACAUGCUCUAGUGCUUUUGAAGCACUCAGCUUUGUUAAACAACAUGCUGUGGUGUCGUACAGGCUUUGGGAUGCGAAAGGUUUAGUGGGGAUGGCCCCAGCUGAGAGCUUUCUCUUGAUCCUAAAGUUUACUUUGGGGGGGGGUCCACCACUGUACUCCUCUGGAGUAGCUGGUUCAAAGAAAUGAUAGUAAACUUGCAAAUGCAUUCCUCAAUUUGUCUUUUUAAUAGUGUGGAACUUGAGCAGGUCUCUGAAAACAAUCGGCUCUUUGCAUUUUAAUGGUUUUAUAAGUGGGUCCCUCUUGGGCCUCAUUCUCAGUUUCCCCCUACCUGAGUGGGGGGGGGGGCACACCUCCAGAGGGUUCUAUUUACAGCAGCAAUUAGUUUUUUUUAAUGCAUGGGCAAGAAAUGUGCACAGAUAGUAAGUAGAUGGUGUCCCAACUUUGUGCUUCUAAAGUACAUGCCCAGGAAUACAGAAAGAAGGCUGUGAACUCUUCAUUCAUCUAGUGAAGUUUAAGCUACUCUACAUGACUGCCUCUUGAAAUGGAAUUUGUCUUUUUUUUUCAAGUGCUUCUAGUUUUGCCUCCUGUUCGUUACUCCUGGAUUUGUAUAUUUGUAAAUGUGCCGUAAUGUUUCCAAUGGUGGAACUGCAGUGUACCUAGUGUUGAAGCAGCUGCUUGCACCUUGCUCAGAUGAGAUUUUUCUCAUUUUAUGUAUAAUUUUUUG